CUCCAGGCGCAUGGCACCCGCCGCCCAGUCGCCGCGGUGGCUGCCGGGAUGCGCCGCAACGAAUGGUCGCGCCGGGCGCAGCUUUGAGUGACCUUUCACCCGCGCCCAGCGGUCCCGGGCGGCGGCACAAGGCGGAAGCCAUGGCGGAGGCGGUGGCUGCGGCUGCGGCGGGCGGGACGGGCGCGGACGCGGGCUCCGGUUCUGCCGCGGACAGGGAGCGGGACCGCGCCGGGCGGAGGCUGCGGGUUCUUUCGGGCCAUCUGCUGGGCCGGCCCCAGGAGGCUUUGAGUACCAAUGAGUGCAAAGCGCGGAGAGCGGCGGCGGCGGCGGCGGCCGCCACGGCGGCGCCCACUGCCACUCCCGCCGCGCAGGAGUCGGGCACCAUCCCCAAGAAGCGGCAAGAAGUUAUGAAAUGGAAUGGAUGGGGAUAUAAUGAUUCCAGGUUCUUCUUCAAUAAGAAAGGACAAGUUGAGUUGACUGGGAAAAGGUACCCUCUUAGUGGCAUGGUUUUGCCAACUUUUAAAGAGUGGAUCCAAAAUACCCUUGGAGUAAGUCUGGAGCAUAAAACUACCUCUAAAGCAUCCUUAAAUCCUAGUGAUACACCUCCUUCUAUUGUAAAUGAAGAUUUUCUUCAUGACCUUAAAGAAGUUAAUAUUUCAUAUUCACAAGAAGCAGAUGAUCGAGUAUUUAGAGCUCAUGGUCAUUGUCUUCAUGAGAUAUUUUUGCUCAGGGAAGGAAUGUUUCAGCGAAUUCCUGAUAUAGUUUUAUGGCCAACAUGUCAUGAUGAUGUAGUUAAGAUUGUGAAUCUAGCGUGCAAAUAUAACCUUUGUAUCAUACCAAUUGGUGGAGGAACAAGUGUUUCAUAUGGCCUCAUGUGUCCUGCAGAUGAGACAAGAACAAUAAUUUCUUUGGACACUUCACAAAUGAAUCGAAUCCUCUGGGUUGAUGAGAACAAUCUGACAGCUCAUGUAGAGGCUGGCAUAACAGGACAAGAGUUGGAAAGACAGCUUAAAGAAAGUGGUUAUUGUACAGGUCAUGAACCAGAUUCCCUGGAAUUCAGCACUGUGGGAGGAUGGGUAUCUACUCGGGCAUCAGGCAUGAAGAAGAAUAUCUAUGGCAAUAUUGAGGACUUGGUGGUUCAUAUAAAAAUGGUAACACCUAGAGGUAUAAUAGAAAAAAGCUGUCAAGGACCUCGAAUGUCAACAGGCCCUGAUAUCCAUCACUUCAUCAUGGGAUCUGAAGGAACUCUUGGUGUGAUAACAGAAGCUACAAUAAAAAUCAGACCAAUCCCUGAAUACCAAAAGUAUGGCUCAGUAGCUUUCCCUAAUUUUGAACGAGGAGUAGCCUGUUUAAGAGAAAUUGCAAAACAGAGAUGUGCUCCUGCAUCUAUUCGCCUCAUGGACAACCAGCAAUUUCAGUUUGGUCAUGCUCUCAAACCUCAGGUUUCCUCUAUUUUUACAUCAUUUUUGGAUGGAUUAAAAAAGUUUUAUAUUACAAAGUUUAAAGGAUUUGAUCCAAAUCAGCUAAGUGUCGCUACAUUACUGUUUGAGGGGGACCGUGAGAAGGUUCUUCAACAUGAAAAACAAGUGUAUGACAUUGCUUCAAAAUUUGGUGGAUUAGCAGCUGGAGAAGAUAAUGGACAGAGAGGUUAUUUGCUGACCUAUGUCAUUGCAUACAUUCGAGAUUUGGGUUUGGAAUACUAUGUAUUAGGGGAAUCUUUUGAGACUUCUGCUCCUUGGGACAGGGUUGUAGAUCUCUGUAGAAAUGUAAAGGAAAGAAUAACAAGGGAAUGCAAAGAGAAAGGUGUUCAGUUUGCUCCUCUCGCUACAUGCAGGGUGACUCAGACUUAUGAUGCAGGUGCAUGUAUCUAUUUCUACUUUGCCUUUAACUACAGGGGAAUCAGUGACCCACUGACUGUGUUUGAACAAACCGAGGCAGCUGCUAGAGAAGAAAUCCUCGCUAAUGGAGGGAGCCUGUCGCAUCACCACGGAGUGGGCAAGUUACGGAAGCAGUGGCUAAAGGAAAGUAUCUCUGAUGUCGGCUUUGGGAUGCUGAAGUCUGUCAAGGAAUAUGUGGACCCCAAUAACAUCUUUGGAAACAGAAACCUUUUAUAAAUCCAUUACUAUUGUUAAGAAAAAUGUCACUUUUUUUUUUAAGUCUUUUAACUAUGGUUAUACCAGUAAUCAGAUAUAUCAUGGACUUUAUUUCAGCUACCUUUGUUUGUUGGUUUAAAAUAAGUUUGUUUCAUUCUGUAGUUUGUUUUGUUUCUACAUCUAUGGAUUGACAGAUGGUAUUCCUAAAUCUCUCUCAUUGUAGGUGUAUCAGUUUACAGCCAACUGGUUGUCAUUUCAAAUUUCAGUCAGGCAGCACAAGGCUGCCAGUGGUUAAUUUCAGAAGAAGAUGCUGCCAGCUGUUUUGUAUUGAUGCUUCUUCUUAGGGACAAAGCCAGAUUUUGGUGUCAUCUGUUGUUUCUCUAGCCUCUCUUUUAAAAGAACAUUUCUGGGAAGCAGCUAUCUAGGGAAGGAUUCCACUGAGGAGUGAUAUACAUGUAUGUUUUUUUAAGAGUGCAUUCUAGUGUGAAUAGGUCAUUAAGGGAGAAUACCCAUGAAAGAAUAUAGGCAACCUCUUAUUUAGGAUGCCUUCAGUUCUGUAAGGUGCUUGGCCUACAUUUUUCUUUGAAAUUAGUAUACAGUUAUAAAACCUUAAAUCAUUAGUAUGCUUUAUUCUGUCAGGGGACAUGUUUUUGUUCUCCAUGUUUCUGUUUCUACUGAGGUAUGAGUUGUAUUUGUAUCACUGAGAUAACAUAUUGUUAUAUCCUAAUUCAUUCAUAAUAUGUUUUAUAAGAAAAGCUGACUUAUCACUCAUUGUUUGUGAAGAACAGGUUUACCAUGAAAGGAAUGUCUUUAUUCAACUUAGAGUUCUAAUGUUUCUCAUUUCACAUUCUUGUUGCUGAGAUGCAGAAGAAGCUACAACAGGAGCAGAAGAGGGAAGACUUCUUACACUGAAUGUCUCCAGUUCAAAGAACUGUUUUGGCUAAAGAAACACAGUCAUCAUUCAGCUACUGAAUUUGAAAACCUCAACAGUUUCAAUGACAAAAAACCUUUUAAAAAAAAACCCAAACAACAUGAUAAAUUUCCAUAUAAAAGUAAAGUUUCAAUUUAGUUUUUAAUAAUGGUUUAAUGCCUUUUUUGAAUUACUGGUUUAACCUAAAUUUAAAAAUAUAAUGUAUUAAUACACAUACCAUAAUCAAAAGUUUGAAAUAUCAUAUUUCUUAAACAAUAGGGAGAACGUUAACCACAUUUAGCGAACAUUUUUACAUUCAAACCUGGAUAUUAAAAUAAAUGAAAUGAUUACUUUGAAUCACUGUCUGUCAAGGUUCAUGGUUCACAUUUUGAGACAGAUUCUUUUCUUAAUGUAGUACCUAACUUUUGAUAAUUUUUUUAGAAUUAAUAUUUGAUCAGCUAAUAUGAGUCAAAAUGCAGACUAUCCUUUAAAAGGACACACUGUCUGUCUAUGUAGCAACAGCUCCAAAGUAUUUUUGGGCAGUUUGAUACCUUUUAUAUCUGAAGUAGCCUUAACCAGAAAAUCUAAAAUUGAUUCACAAAAUGAUAUUUUUAAGACUUCAAAAUGAUAAAUAAUUUUUAACAAAUAAAAUUGGCCUCAAACCAAUAAACUUAAAAUCUGUAAGCAAAUCAAAAUGAAACAUUAGUUUAACAACAAAAACGAAAUAUUUAUUUAUUGGAAGCUGCCUCUCUUCAUUGGUGAUUUAUUUUUAAUUAUAAAAUUUCCAGCAGAUCUUUGCUUCAAGCCCUUGAUAUUUGAAAUAGUUAGAUACUUGAGGAGGAAAUUACACUUGCUUCUCAAAUUAUAAAAAUCUCAGCUUUAUGAAAUGCAUCUAUUCAUGAAAGUAAUUUCUCUAAUUGGUGAUCAAAAUGUAAAAUUUAUUACGAUACUAAUAUCUCACUGGAGUGUAUACAUGUUUCUGAGUAAUUUUUAAAAAAUAAAACUUACAGAUUCAUAAGCAGAUCCAUUCCUUUGCACGUGAUUGUUAUAACGUUCUUUCCUAGGGAGUUCAGAUUUCAAUAACCUCAGAAUUAGGAAAUGUAACACCUGAAAUUGUUCACUAUUCUACAUGAACCUUAUGGAAAUUAGUGAUUUAUGCGUUUGUUUUCUUCCAUGCAUGCAUGACUCUCCAACCUUGAUUUUGUAGUGAUGACUACAUUUUGUAGUUAGAAUCAUUUCUACAGGGAUCAUUUUGAAACACAUAAACACUCAUCAGUACUGUUUCACUCUGAUUUAGUAAAUCAGGCUUUCCCUGCUUCCACGCAUCCACCUCUGAGAGGUGUCUCAGCUGCAUAACUGCAUAACACCGAUUUGUCUUUCUUAAAUUAGUCAUAUUUCUAAUAUUUUAUUUGAUGAUGUCACAUUUGGGUUGACAUUUUAGUGGGAAUGGGAACUUGCUGCUAGUGAGAAAUGGCAUUGAAUACUAGAGUCAGUAUGAACAGGCUUUAUUGACCCCUAGAGAAACAGCUGCCUUAAUGUUUGGUGCACUUUACAGUGUAUAAGUGAGUUUAUUAGUGUUAUGCUAAGUAAUGUGAGCUUUUUUAGUUUAGUAAGAAUUGCAGAAGCCACAUGUUUAUUGUGCCCAGCAUUUUACCACAAAGAAAGAGGAUUAAAUUCUUUCCUCUCUUGAGGAAUUGGGAGUUUUCUUCCUAAAUGCUUACAUACUAUAGUACUAUUACUUAAAAGCUGUUUAUGAAGCUGGAAGCAUUCUAAUAUACAUAGCUGUGUUGAUGUAUUUUGGAAAACAAAAACGCAGUGAAGGAUGAACUUCCAUCAGUGUGUGUAUUAAACCAGAUACAGAUGGUUGCAAGAAAACCUCUUUUUCAGAAUAUUCUCUUAGUAACUGCUGAGUCCUAGCUUGCAGUUUUGAAAAUGACUUUUGCUUGUUGGCUUCAGAGGUUUUCCAUUGUCAUAUUCUUUUAUAGCUGCAACUUCUUAACUAUAGCUGAUCAGACAAGCCCUGUGGUCCCAAGCUGAAGUCUGUAGCCUUGGCUGUUCAGACAGGCUGAGUUUGGUCGAACAUCUAUUCUAUGUAAACGUAGAACACAAACAUUUAUUAUGCAUUGAUGCACAAACUGCACAUGCUGGUGCUUGAAGCAGCCAAGGGGGAAUUCUGUGGAAAGCAUGUCUACAUUUUAAGAAGCACUGAGACAGGAGUUAAGGACAGCUUUAAUAGCUUUUUGCUACCACUUAAUCUUUGGCGAUUUCGAUUUUAAUUAGGGUUUAGCUCGUGGUGGGAGAAAAGCCGAAAAUAACAAGUGCCAGGAUAGGAUUGAAGAAUCCAGAAUCACCUUUGGCUUUAUGAAAGCUUGCCUUUGCUCAAGGCUUCACGUUCCCAAAUGAGCCACCUGUCAAUAUAUACAUUUAAUCCUCAUUAAUUUCAUAUAGUACAUUGAUGCGGAAAUCCAGAAUGUGUAAAAGAUUGUUUUAAACUAUUGAAAUACACUGUGUAACAUGAAGGAUGUAAGUUACUCAGCUUUCUGCUCCCUAAAGCAAACAGUGUUUGUCUUUAGUGUGAAAUUUAACUGUAAAAACUACCUGUAAUGUCAACAGAUUAUAGAAACUUAUAUUAUUAAUAAAAUGGACCUGGGUUUAAGAGAUUUUUUUCUUCAGAGGGGGUGUGAAGCUGUUCAUUCUUCUGUUUGCGUCUGGGUUUUUCUUUCGAUUUUAGUUUUUCAUCUUCAUAUUUCCUCUGAUUUGAAAACAAAAUUAAUUUUUAUAAUUUUAUUGAUGAAGCAUGAUCAAGUACAACCUAAAUAUGAACUAAAUCCUUUUGGAUUGAUAGAUGAAUAUAUUGUUAGCUAGGUUUUAUUACUCUCUAAUCAUUUUAAAUCAAUGUUAUAUUCCUAGGAGGUGUUUAGUCUCCUGUGAACCUGAAGCAUUCCCAUUUGAACCUUGGAAGAUCCUCAAAGAAUGAGCGCUCUUGUGCUCUCCUAACCACAAGAAUUCCUUAACAAAUGUGAGUAAGGACCACUGAAGCCAAAGAACCAUCACAGAAUUAAGUAACUUUAGUUCUGUGAACAUGAAAAGGUUUCUUUUUUGGUUCCCAAAGGAGAUUAUUUUAUACUUUUUUUUUUCCACAAGGAACAAAAAUAACACAUUAAGUAUCAUUAAGAGCAUUUUUCAAAGACUCUGAACUUCCAAAUCAGAAAGAGAGAGAGAGAGAAGGAAAAAAAAUAUUUUAGUGUGGAUUUCUAAGCAGCAUAUAUACAUGUUUUUAAGGCAUCUUAUUGUUGGCAGUGUUUUUUGUAAGCACCCUAUGAAACAUGUUGUUUAACCCCUAAAGCAAUCUUGUUCACAUAUCCAAAAAGGACAUGAAACGCUUGUGCUGGUAUAAAGUUUCUCUAAAUAAUUAUUUUUUGAGCUAUUUAAAGAAUGUCCCCAAAAGCUCACAGUGCCUUGUUGGGAUUUUUUUUUCCAUGAAAUAGCCAUUAUUUAAAAUGAGUGGGAGAGGAUAAGUCUUUAAGGCCAGAGCUUGUGUAGCAGUUCAAGGCUAUUCCUCUUCAAGAACACGUCGGAAUGAAGUAGUUGUGUGUGGAAACACAAAAGAUCCUUUCCACAGUGUUGGUUUCAAUCACCUAUUCUAGCAUAUUUAACUAAUUGUGUGGUGGACCUGUACUCUCACAUACACCUAUUCAGUCAGUGGGAUUUACAUGUACUUUCUUGCAUUUUCAUUCCUUGUGUCCCAACUUAGUAGCCCUAAGGUGUGGGUUGGUGGAUGUGGCAUACUCAGUCCUGGAGACACCCCCUACAUGUUUUGGGUGUUUGCUCACACAGCUCCCUGAGGAGCAGAGCCUGGAGGAGGGGAGGGGGGUGGGUUCUUAUUCCUUAUGUUGGGGGUCAGUCCUUUUUGUGUGUGAUGGUGCCUUCAGAAUAAUGAAUAUUUCUGUUUCUGAACAAUGAUAAAUCUUCUGAGAAAUAUGUGUAGGUUAUAUUUUUUAAUUUUUGUCCUUUUUCGCUAAGCCUGUGAAAUACUUUGGCUCUGAUACAACUUGACUUGAAUAAUAUCUUAUCCUGAGUCUUCCUCUAAGGCAGUGCAUAUUCCUGCCAGUACUGUAGUCAUCUUUUGGGAACUACAUGUGGGUAAGCACUUGUAUGUAAGCCAUUAUACUGCUGUAACUAAUGCAUACAAACAAUUCUUCUCUUUACAUUAAUAGUCUUAAAAGUGGAUAUGUAGUGGGAAGGAAAAUUCUUAAGGGAGUCCAGCAUAGCUUUGUCAGUUCAGACUGAGCCAUACUGUUUUCCAAAGGGCUCAACACAUAGUCUAUAUACUGUGCUUUCAGUGUAUGUUUGGAUCUCCUUUUACUGCUUUUCCUAGAAUGUACUGUUCUAUAAGCAAAUGCCCAUGUGUGAUUUUUAAGAUGUGCUGGGAAAAAAAUAAAACAAUACCAAAACCA